UUUGACGCGCACCCGUGUCUGGAGACCUUGGAAAACACAAACAAAAACACCAGCCCCGAAGACCCAGUCCCUUGGCUAGCUCUUAUGGGAAUGAAACAUUCCUCCCGCUGCCUUCUCCUCAGGAGGAAAAUGGCGGAGAACGCCGCCGACAGUAGCGAGGUUUGCACCAGCCCAGCCCAGCCUCCUCAUCCUGCUGUUGUUCCAAAGCCAGUUCAAUCUGUCAUACAUGUCCCAUUGCAACCAAGCUGCCCAGGCCGAGGCAAGAUGGCAAAACUCAUAAAUCCAGAAGAGAUGACAUCCAGAGAUUAUUACUUUGAUUCCUAUGCUCACUUUGGAAUUCAUGAGGAAAUGUUAAAGGAUGAAGUGCGCACAUUAACAUAUAGAAACUCAAUGUAUCACAAUAAACAUGUCUUUAAAGAUAAGAUUGUCCUUGAUGUUGGAAGUGGCACAGGAAUCCUCUCGAUGUUUGCUGCCAAGGCAGGAGCUAAGAAGGUAUAUGGGGUUGAAUGCUCAAGUAUAUCCGACUACUCGGAAAAAAUUAUCAAGGCCAACCACUUGGACAACAUAAUCACAAUAUUUAAAGGUAAAGUGGAAGAAGUUGAAUUACCUGUGGAUAAAGUGGACAUCAUCAUCAGUGAGUGGAUGGGUUACUGUUUGUUCUAUGAGUCAAUGUUAAACACGGUCAUCUUCGCACGAGACAAGUGGCUGAAACCUGGAGGGCUAAUGUUUCCAGACCGAGCUGCUUUGUACGUGGUAGCAAUUGAAGACAGACAGUAUAAGGACUUCAAAAUUCACUGGUGGGAGAAUGUGUACGGCUUUGACAUGACCUGUAUUAGGGAUGUUGCCAUGAAGGAGCCUUUGGUGGACAUAGUAGAUCCAAAGCAAGUGGUGACCAAUGCCUGUUUAAUAAAGGAAGUAGAUAUUUAUACAGUGAAGACUGAAGAACUGGCAUUUACUUCUGCAUUCUGCCUCCAAAUCCAGCGCAAUGAUUACAUUCACGCCUUGGUCACCUAUUUUAAUAUCGAAUUUACAAAGUGCCACAAGAAGAUGGGAUUUUCCACAGCCCCUGAUGCUCCCUAUACUCACUGGAAGCAAACUGUCUUCUACCUAGAGGACUAUUUAACUGUGAGACGAGGAGAAGAAAUCUAUGGGACUAUAUCCAUGAAACCAAAUGCAAAAAAUGUGCGUGACCUGGAUUUCACAGUAGACUUGGACUUUAAAGGACAGCUGUGUGAAAUGUCAGUAUCUAAUGACUACAAAAUGCGCUAGCAAGAGACUCCAUAAAGCUGACCUUCCAGAGGGAUGAAAAGGAGAAUUUUAUCAAGCCCUGAGUGGCUGAACUUCAAGCUAGGAACAAUUGUUCAUAAGAUUAUAAUAUCAAAUACUAGAAUGUUUACUCUGAUGGAAAGCGGUAACCUGAUUCUUCUUGCAGACAGUAUAGAGGGCUGGGAUCCCACUGUGAACGAACCGUACACGGAACUGUACUUUCGUCCAAAUUGUGGGAAAAACAAGGAACAACCUCGAGUGUUUUGGUCAAAUUUAGGAUGGCAGGAGAUACAUAUACAAAUUGUACUACUUACUGUGAAUUUAUGGUUCUUCCAAGCUUUGCAUGCUAAAAGAUGAAUGGGGCAGUUUUCUCACUAUGAAAGACCAGUACAGCACAUUACUGUGAUAGUAUUACUAGACUUACAUUCAAUGAAUAUAUAUAUUGCACUUGAGGAAAAAAUGUCAUUUCAUAAUAGGAAUUUGUUUUGUGAUUAUUUAAUUCUCAUUAUACAGUUAUAGAAAGAUGAUGCUAUCUCUGGCACUAUUCUAUAUAUUCUAGUAACUGUCCAAAGUUAAAGCUUUGGUAAAUACUCCAUGCAAAGUGUAGAUAAGAGCUGAGCAUUUACAGAAAGUACAACAAUCUUUUGGGAUGGCCUCUGGAAAACAUGGACCAUCAAUAUUAAAAUUCACCUUCACAAGUGGAUGUCUGUCAGAGAUUUAAAAACAUUAGCUUUUUAUCCUUGAAAAUAUUCUGUGGUGAGAUUUUAUAGAUGGAUUUUGCAUGACACCUGAAAUCACACACUUAGUAUUUAAAUGUGAUUAAUGCAAAGUCUCUGAAAUGGUGGGUAAUUAAUGUUCCUUGUCUAUGCCAUGUUUCAGUUCUUUGCAAGAUCCUUAACACAAAAUAAAUAAAACUAAAAAAAAAAAAGGAAAUAAUGUUUCAUUUUGGUUAUAUUUUAGCUGUUUUAAAUUGCAAAUACUGUUCUCAAGAGUGCAGGCAUUUGCAGGAAAAAGCUAAUGUCUUUGAAAAGAGUUAUGGCUUCUGAUAUUACUAAGAUGUUUGUAGCUUCCCCAUCCCCAUAUACUCCUUGUUUUUCUGACAGUAUCUCCUGCUUACAGUUAAAAUAUUAACUGCUUAUAAUUCCUCAUAUGUAUGUAUCAGCUCUUUUUGCUAUAUGAAUGUUGAUCAUUUAACCACAUGUAAUUUAUCAAGAACUUCAUCAUCGGUCCUAUCUACCCAUUUUCCAGUCUCUCUGGCGUUAAGCACUAAAUCAUAAUCCAUGUAUUAGAUGAGAUUUACUAAUUUUUUUUCCCUAAAAUCUCUUUAAUCACCUGCAAAUAAAGCAUACUUGAAGAUGUACUUUGCCAGUAUUUGUCAACUUCUCAGGAAGUUAUUUCUGUUAUUUUUUCCUUUACAGCAGCUGUACGGUGCCUCCGGUCUCUUAC